AUGGAUGAUGAUCAAGAGCAGCAAGAACAACAGCAGCAACAGCAACAGCAACAGAUUCGAAUGGCACAACAUCAUCAUCAUCUACAUCAUUCUGCACCCUCAUUGUCAAUACCUCUGGAGGAUUCCAAUCACGAUGUCAACAAUGUCAAUUCAUCUUCAACAAAUCUAAUCGAUGAGAACAACACUGAAGUGUCGGCCACGGCCAGAUCAUCGGACAUUGUUCACGAGAAUGUACAUCAAAGUGACGACGCUCGAGAGGAAGAGGAGGAGGCCAAUGUCGAGGAGGAUGUUCACCAAGACACAAUGGUUCAUACAGUUCAAGAAGUGGAUGAACAACAAGAGUUGGAGGAGGAUGAUGACGGGCAGCACUAUGAGUCGGAGUCCGAGUCAGAGGAGAAUGAGGAAGAACCAUCGACUUGCGAUGCAUCAACAACAAUAGAGGAUGAAGGUAGUGAACAGCUUCCAACAACAUCUUUGGAGCCACCACCACCAAUAGCAAGUGGGGAUCUUGUCAAAGAUGAUGACGGCAAACCUGCCACAGAGGAGAGCAAGGAGAUAAUGCUGGAAUGUGAAUGGGUGUUCUAUUACGACGAAGGUGCUCCCAAGGGAUCAACAUGCGAGAACUACCAAUCCUAUGUAAAGAACUUAGGUUCCUUUAACUCUGUUCAGGGAUUCUGGAGAUAUUGGAACAACUUACUUGAUGUAUCACUACUGCCGCAGAAUGCCAAUCUUCGUCUGUUUAAGAGUGGAGUCGAUCCAACAUGGGAGGACCCAGCCAAUCAGAACGGUGGCAAGUGGACACUCAUGUGUUCACCUGAUCAAGCAAGUAACAUUGUCAUGCGUACAAUUCUGACGUUGAUAGGAGAGCAACUGGAAUAUAGUACAGAUAUUUGUGGAUUCGUCCUGUCCGUGCGUCCAAACAGACAUGUAGUCAAUAUUUGGAACAAGACUGGCGAUAACCAGGAGAUUAUCGAUAGGACUUCAUCAGAGUUGUCAAGCUUUAUACUGGGCAAGUCGUUUAAGUAUCAGGCGCACAAGUAUGCAAUGUCGCCACAGACACCCAAGCGAGAGUUGUCUUCGCCAAAGUUAUAUCUAGAGGAUGGUGCCACGCCGGCCACUCCAACCAGGACCGACUCACCACCUUCACCAUUGGUGGGCCAGUCGCCAUCCGUCCGUCACAAGCCCAAGGACUACUCCAUCCACAAGAAGAGUCAAUCAACGCCUUCACUACAAUUUGUAUCACUAAAGACAUCGACAAACAGCAUCACCAGCAACAACAACAGCCACCACUUCAAGUCAACUCCACAACUCAAGUACUCAAACUCCUCUUUGGUCAACUCGUCAGCAGCAGACCUUAUCCCAUCGCCCAGUCCCAGUCGUCACAACAACAGCAAUGGAUACGCCGGCAAUGGUAAUGGCAGCAGUAAUCAUCGAACAUAUGAUCGCAAUCAGUCUACACAGCAACAACAGCAUCCAUCGACGCCUGGCUCAGGAUACAAACGAAAGGAGUAUCCUAGGUCGCUCAGUGGUAGCUUCAAUAGAUCAACAGAGCCCAGUGGAGAUAAUCUACAUCAAAUGUUACUGCAACAGCAAAGGCCAAAGCAGCAACAGCAGCAGCAACAAUCACCACCAAUGGCAGAGGCCACAACUCCGUCCCCUUCCCCAUUAUCAUCAUCUCAAUCAACCACCGAUCAACAACAACAACAGCUUCAGGAACAACAGGCUUCAAGUAGCAUUGUGGUCCAUCGAGAAGCUGACAAGAAUGUCGUUGAGCAGGUAGCAAAGGAUGUUCAGGUUCAGCCAGACGUACAGCAUGAGUUGGAGUCAUCGCCCAGUACAAUGGCCGAGGACUCAUUGGAGAACACAACAAGCGAGACAGACUCACACCAAGACGAGUCCCAACAGUCAGACUAUGGCAGCAACAUGUCCACUGAUCAGGCACUUGGCGUAUCACUCUUGGGCAAGCAGUCAUCCUCCUCGCUGAUGACCAACAGGAAGAAGAAGAGCAGCAAGUCAGUGCCAGGAUCUGCCUCGUCGUCCAAGGGCAAGUCGGCUCGCAGCCAACAGCACAACCACCACAAGAACAACCAACACUCCCGAUACUCCGCGUCCGUCUCGGUCACCAAAGAGAAGAGCACCUCUCUCCUCGUCCUGUGUAAAGAGCAUUUCAUCAUCAUAUCGAUGUUAUUGGCCAUUCCAAUUAUCACAAUCAUCCUUCAAAGGAACUACUAG